GCCGCAACUAAAUAACUUGAUUCUGGCUUCUAGAAGGUCUGUUGUACUCUGUUCCCUUUAGAUAAGACUGCUUUAAAGAGCUCUAGAAUUUUCCUCCGUGGUGCAGAGGAGCUCUGUACUGAAUAACACCAGGCAGCCAGAGACUCUUUAAAAAGGAGACAUGAAAGAUUGAUUGGCGUCUACUUCGUAUAUUUUAUUCAACUUUUGUAUCCCAUAUAUUAUUGCAGGAAGAAAUAACGUCGUUGUACCUCGAAUCGAAAGCCUGGGCGGCGAUUACUUUGUUUACGGUCCAUCCGCCAAACAGUGGAAAUCCACCGCUUUCGCCUUCUUUUCCUACCCCAGCUUCUUCCCUUCUCCGUGUCCCUGCGCUGAAAUAUUCAUAAUCAACCCGCACAGGAUGGAGAAGCGAACGGCAGAAAGUCCAAUGGACUUUGAAUGGCAGACAAGAGGCCCUGGAGAUGUCACCUCGCCGUUUUUCCAGUUGGGGCUGCAGAAAAAGCGCCCGCAUAGCACGUUUGAUUCCCCCGAGAAGAAAUCUAUGCCUUCAUUGCGCGAACCGAACUCCCAGCCCUUCCUCUUCUCCGAGUCGAAACGACCCGCGCCGCCACAGUCGGUGUUCGGACAGCCUGCGUUCAUGACGCCGCGGAAAUUCGACCUGGACUUUUCUUCGGGCGCAGAGAACAUGUCGUCGCCGGAAAAUGCAGACAACGAGGUGACUCCAGAUCCCUCGUCCAAGACAAGCAAAGUGUUUGGCCGGUGGGCGCCGAGUCCUGGGAGGGGCGAGAUCCCCCGCCUAAAUCACUAUUCCAACGCGCUGGCUCGUCGGGUACAGAAAAGGCGCCGUCGUGACCGAGAGCUGGACAAGCGACUCCGCCGCGACGAUGAGGAGGAAGAUGAUGACAGCGACCGGCCGAUUAGCAGCGAUGGGAGGAAGGGCAAGGGUGGGAAAGCAGCACACGAGUCGCAGGCAACGACCACGAAAGGGUCUCGGUUGUCCUCCUUCUCCGAGUUCUUUGCACUGCUGGAGGCUCACCCGAACGUGCCCAGUAUUCUCUCGUGGUGGGCGCAGCUAGUGGUGAACCUGUCUCUAUUCUCGUUGACCGUCUACGUUGUCUUUGGCUUUGUCUCGACUAUUCGCGCCGAGUUCGACCAGGCUGCUGAGGAGGUAUCGGAUUCCAUCCUGGCCGAGAUGGCGACCUGCGCCAAAAACUACGUCGACAACCGCUGCGCCGGCAACGAGCGCCUUCCCGCGCUGGAAACCGUCUGCGACAACUGGGAGCGGUGCAUGAACCGCGACCCGGCCAAGGUCGGUCGCGCAAAGGUUUCAGCCCACACAAUGGCCAUUAUCAUCAACAGCUUCAUUGAUCCGAUCAGCUGGAAAGCAAUUCUAUUCUUUCUUGCGACCAUCUCCACCGUAACGGUUGUCAGUAACUGGUCCUUCCGGUCCUUCAGAAACAAAUACAGCCAGCACGAAUACCACCCUGUCGCUCCGAACUAUCACGCGCAACCGGCUAGCCAACCCCAUCCCGCCAUGCAACUGCAGAACAACCCGGCCUUUGGUUAUUUCGCCCAGCCAGAUCUCAACAAAGGGCAGUCCCACCCCAUUCCGAAGCGCGUCGCCAGCUACGAGCAUAAAGAUGAGGACUCGCCGCUCAUGAUCGAGGACGCGAACAUGAAGUUCGUCACGGAGAGGAGUCGCGAGCGGGAGAACCAUCUACGCACGCCAAGCCCGUCGAAACGCGGACGGAAGUAUUUCUGAUUGAAGCCUCUGACAGGUUGUUCCUUUUUCUUUUCUUCUCGUCUUUUUCUCAGCAUAGCGGGUAGGAGGACCGUAGGAUGGCGUUGCUUUUUUUUACCUACUCUAGACAAUACCUUCACACCUUGUACAGGCAUCCACGUUUAUUAUAUUUCACUCUGAAUAUAGUUCUUCGAGCAAUAUAAUUGAGUAGAGUAAUCCUC